UGCAUUUAUUAGGCAUAGCUAUCGUGCUUUCUGGUUUUCUGCGGAAGUUUGGUAUUUUGAUGAUUAGAUGGUUCCUCGCCCUGAAAGUAGUCUAUGGUAGAAAACCGAAUCCAUGGUUGGUUUUUUUGGGGGGGGGGGGGUUUUACAGCCAACAUCCGCUAACUUUAGCCACAGCUAGCUAACUAACAAUCAAUGGAAGUGAUAGCAACCGUGUAAUGUUAAAAAAAUCCAAAUAGUCUUUAAGUAGCUUCAAACCAAAUAAUUGUGUUAGUUUGGCCAUGAUAGCAUUCAACUUUGAGAUCACCCGAGAAUUUGUAUUCUGCUUUGUUUCUCAAUUGAAAAGUGCACAUCUUGAGCGUGCCUAUCAACAAUGAGAAGGGCUUCUUUAUCUAACAUCUUUAGAUAGAUGUUUGUAGAAUUAUGAUUUUUGUGUGCUUUGGUGAUACGUCUCUCAGGAUAAGACGAUAACAUGGAGUCCAUUGAUUUGGAGAGGGAGGACCCUCCUAGCUCACUAUCUGGAUAUGCCAAUGGAGAGAUAAUGACCCUGGAGAUCACAGACGUCUCUCCAGACCUGCUUGUUCUCGAGGUAAAAGACAACAACCUACCUGAAAGUAACCAUGGCAGCCUGGACUUGGAGAUGGAUGCUGACUUUCAUAAUGAUGAUGGGCAUGGUUUUGCGAAUGUGGAACUCCAGUUCUUUCCAUGUGAUGCCUGCGAAGCCUCCUUCACUAGCGAACCAGAGCUGGAGCAGCACUUCAUAUGCUCUCAUUCAAUAUGUGAUGUAGCGAGUGAGAGAGGAAGACCGAAAGCCAAGUCAAUGGAAACAGAAGGUGUCUCACCCCAGCACACCUGCAUGACUUGUGGGAAGGUGUUCAAAUACCUAACUUCAUUUCGAAAACAUGAGGAAACUCAUAUCAAAGCCCUGUACACCUGCAAGACUUGUGGGAAGGAGUUUAAAUACCUAACUUCAUUCACAAAGCACCAGACCACUCACGUUGUACCAAGACCGAGAGGAAAUGGAAAGUCAAUCAUAGCAGUAGGCCUAAGUGUCAAUCAGAAAGUGAAAGGCCUUCACACCUGUAGGCACUGUGGUAAGGAGUUCAAAUACCUAACUUCUUUCAUAAAACAUGAGAAGACUCACAGGAUCAUGUUAACCAAAAAAAGCAGAAGAAAACAGAGGAACCCUUCAAGUUCCGAGAUUAUUAUAUGUCUUGAAGGCAAUAGGAAAGAUGCCACAGAAACUUGUGUAAGGGCCAUCAAGAAAAACAGGAAGAACAGCGAAGAUACUGAGGAUCAGGAUGCAUGUAUUCUAAUAUCUUCUGAUGAUGAACUAGCCACCACUGCAGAGCAGCAAACGCCUGACUCUAAACGUUCUCCUCCGUUUCCUUCUGACUCUAAACGUUCUCCUCCGUUUCCUUGUCUGGACUGUGGGAGGGUUUUUAAGUUUUUCAAAUCUUACAAAAAACACCAGAAAAGACAUGCUUGGGCACAGGGCAAAAGUGAAAUAGUGCCUCUUAAACAGGAGCACGGAGCGGAAGUGAAAGAACAGAUUAGAUGUCCGGUUUGUGGUAGAGCAUUCAACAAGCUAAAAGCUUGCACCAAACACGAGAAAAUGUAUCAUCGGGAAAAUAACUUGCAUAAAAACACAUUUGCUUUAACGUGCUGUGAAUGUGACCGCCAUUUUGAAAAGGCAGAUAUUUUCCAAAAGCAUAAGUGCUUCCACCUGCGUAAGCAUGUAAAGGCGUUCAUAGAGGCAGGUAGGGUGAGCCAACGGGGGGAUAUUUUCUAUUGUCAACUCUGUGUCCUAAAGCUCGCCAGUGGACUGGAGUUUGAGAAUCAUGCCAGGGACGUACACCCAGACCAAUACCGCAAGACCCUAAAAGCAGUAGGCAGUGCCAGGACAUGUAUCAUUAAAGACACCUUGAAAGUCUUGCCGACACAAAGGGAUGACAAUCAGUCAACAAAUCAGGAGGCAACUGAAAUAGGAGAGACAGAGGAAGAUGGAUCGAGACAAUUUAUUUGCAAGGAUUGUGGGGAAUGUUUCAUAUAUCAUGUUUCAUUUAAUUUUUGUGGAAAAUGUUUAAAGGAUCGCAAAGACUCUAGGAGACAUCGGGAGAGCAAUGUAAAAGCCUCCAAGCUGUACCACUGUGAAGAAUGUGGCCAAGGCUUUGGCCGAAAGGAUCACUUAAAGCGCCACAGCUAUUCUCAUUCUGGUAGUUCCUUUAUCUGUUUUGAUUGUGGCAUUGGAUUCAGGGAUCCAGGAGAGUUGCGGAAGCAUGAAAAGACUCAUCGGGUGAGAAACCACAUCUGCCAACUGUGUGAGAAGCAAUUUGAACAUCCAAAGGAACUGAUGUUGCAUCAUGAAGUUGAUCAUCCAGGACCAGACGGUUAUACAUGCCACCAGUGUGGCAAGACAUUUAAUACAGUGAAAAAGCUGGGAAAACACAGAAUGAUCCAUUCGGACGAAACUCCCCAUGUUUGUUCAUAUUGCGGUGCGAAAUUCAAGAGGCGAGGGCAUUUGAGACGGCACAAGAACCUGCACACCAACGAGAAACCUCGCCUUAGUCGUUGUUGUGGGGAUACAUUUGGGCAACAGGGGGACCUAAACACCCACCUCGGUAAAAUGCACACAAUGUUGAGAAAUUAUCUUUGUAAGGCUUGUGGGACAACUUUCAAGGACCGUAACUCUCUCAGGAGACAUAGGUAUCACACUCACACUAAGGCUGGCAAGGUGUUCCAAUGUGAGGAAUGUGGCCUAAGCUUCAGCCGGGCGGAUCAUCUGAAGCGCCACCAGUACACGCAUUCUACUGAAAGGCCCUUCUCAUGCUCAAUGUGUUACAAAGUAUUCCACAGGGCAGACAACCUCAAGAAGCAUGAACGAAAUCACAGAAACAAGUGGUUGGAAUACCUCAACACCCGCCACCAUGAUAACACACCCAAGCAGGAGAGCCAUGUUUCUGAGAGCUCCAAGUGGAAACUGGGCUGGUCUGAAGCAUCUGCCCUACUAAAGCUCAUCCAGAGCCACUCCAAGCAGCAACAUCAUACCUGCUAUGUUUGUAAAAAUACUUAUAGAGGACUUUACUAUCUGAAGAGGCACCGUCUACUAAACUGUGUUGGACAAAGGAGUAAAAUUAUGGAUUCAUUCCGAUAUGGAACUGUUCAAUAACUCCCUUUUGGGUUUGAUCAUCUGAGAGAUUUAGAAGUGAAAUUUAAUUUAAUUUUGUAAAACUUGUUGGUGUGUCUUUGUAUAUAGUGAGCUGUGGCUUGGUAUCUUGUAUUGUCUGGUUAUUUAAAUGUUUUUAUAGACCCUCAUAGCCAUCACACCAGAGCCAGUGUUGCCAAUAUUAGACAGUUGCGCUAUAGUAGUAUUCCACUAGACGCAGACAUCAGUUAAACAUCUAUUUUAGAUUUUUGUCAACUAACGUGAAUUCAACAUGAAAUCAACAAAACAUUUCACCAUGAAAUUCCUGUGCGUUGAUUACUUUUUGAAAAUACGAUACGUUUUCCACGUAGAUUCAACGUCAUCACAUUGUUUCCACACAAAAAAUCUAUGUUGAUUCAACCAGUUUUUGCCCAGUGGGAUGGCUGGAAAAAAGCUAUUUCCUUAAAACUGGUGCAGAAGAAUGGAAUGGUGUACCAAACCAUAUAAAAUCCAUCUCUACACUAGGGAGUUUUAAGAUGGGAAAAUAAAUGGUUUAUGGGCAAAAUGCUUUAAAACUGCACAGGCUAAAAGAAAGUAUAAUUGUAUCAAUGAACAUUACUUGGUCAUCUAUUUUAUUCCUUUUGCUGUUUCCUCCCUAUUGAUGAGAUGUAUUUGAGAUGUUAUAAUUAAGCAAUAAAGCCCGACGGGGUGUGGUAUAUGGCCAAUAUACCACGGCUAAGGGCUGUUCUU